GGCACUCAGGGCGCGCAAGUUGUUAGGUUGCACACGUUACUUGGGGAGGAAGAGUGAGUAACACACCACCAAACCGCUCCAAAAUGGCCUCUGAUUCGAAGGACGUUCUUGCGGGACUGAAUUUGUCCAAGCUGUCGGUAUUAUCUCCCGCCGUUCGACUGAAGGAGCUUGAAAAUCUGAUCCUCGAUCAGGUUAACGUGUCCAACACGAACAAUAACAUCAACAGCAGUAGCAGCAACGGUACGAACAGUCCCCUGUUUGGCAGCAUCCUGGGCGGAGCGAUCGCUGCCGCCGGGCUGUCGGCAGAAAAGUUCCUGUCCGUCGAAACGAUGCUGGACUGUUUGCUGGUGCUGUACGAUGAGUGUUCCAACUCGUCGCUCCGCCGCGAGAAGACGGUGUCCGAGUUUAUCGAUCUGAUGAAAUCGGUCGUGCAGAGCGUCAAACAGUUGCGGCUGUCCCGGGAAGACUUCGAGGUGCUCAAGGUGAUAGGACGGGGUGCGUUCGGCGAGGUGUGCGUCGUCCGGAUGCACCACACUAGUCAGAUCUACGCAAUGAAGAUACUGAACAAAUGGGAAAUGCUAAAGCGAGCGGAAACGGCUUGCUUCCGCGAGGAACGCGAUGUGCUCGUGUUUGGCGAUCGAAGAUGGAUCACCAACCUGCAUUAUGCUUUCCAGGACGAUAUCAAUCUGUAUCUCAUAAUGGAUUACUAUUGUGGCGGAGAUUUGCUGACCCUGCUGAGCAAGUUUGAGGACCGGCUGCCGGAGGAUAUGGCCCGGUUUUACAUUGCCGAGAUGGUGCUGGCGAUACACAGCAUACACGAGCUAAAGUACGUGCACCGAGACAUCAAGCCGGACAACAUCGUGCUCGAUGCGAGCGGCCACGUUCGGUUGGCCGAUUUCGGGUCGUGUCUGCGGCUUGGCCCCCACGGCACGGUACAGUCGAACGUGGCGGUCGGCACACCGGACUACAUUUCGCCCGAAAUUCUGCGCGCCAUGGAGGACGGCCAGGGCAAGUAUGGGCCUGAGUGCGACUGGUGGUCGCUCGGGGUGUGCAUGUACGAGAUGCUGUUCGGCGAGACCCCGUUCUACGCGGAAAGUCUCGUUGAAACGUACGGCAAAAUUAUGAACCACAAGAACUCAUUCGAUUUCCCGAACGACGACGAGGAGUACGGGGUGAGCGAGCAGGCCAAGGAACUGAUACGCCGAUUGAUCUGCGCUCCCGAGUAUCGGCUCGGGCAGAACGGUAUCGAGGACUUCAAGACGCACCCGUGGUUCGAGGGCAUUAACUGGGCCACGAUACGGAACGGGCAGGCACCGUACAUACCGGAGGUUUCUAGUCCAACCGACACGUCCAACUUCGACGUGGACGACGCCGACAUCAAGCUGUCCGAUGCCGUACCGCCGACCACGAAUCCGGCCUUCUCCGGGCACCACCUGCCGUUCGUAGGCUUCACGUUUACCAAGGACAGCUCGCUGUCGGACGUAGGGAAACUUUCGCGUGCCAUCAGUAGCAGCAUUACGAAUCAAGCUACGGGAGCCGGUGGCGUCACAGGGGGUGGUCCACUGGCGCCGCUCAAGCUAGAAAAGCACGGCUCGGAGAGCGAGAAACAGCGCCUCAGUCCGGACAGUACGCGCAAGCUGCAGGAUGAGAUCAACAUGCUGACGAAGCGCAACUGUGAGCUCGAAAGUCAAAUCAAGAGCUUCGAACGGGUGGGCGCCAUGUCCGUGGGAACCGGUGCGUCCGAUUCGGUCGACGGGCAAGUCGAUGCGAAGGUGAAGGAGUGCGAGAAAACGAUUCGCUUCUUGCGCCAAGACAAAGAGGACCUGCAGAAGGAGCACCAGGAUUCGCUGGACCGCUUGAAGCAGCAGGACAAGGAGCUGAAGGAUGCGUUGGAGCAACGCAAGCUGGCCAUGACCGAGUAUACCGAGGUCACGGACAAGCUGUCCGACCUUCGGCAGCAGAAGCAGAAGCUGUCCCGUCAGGUGCGCGAUAAGGAGGAGGAGCUGGAGGUAACGAUGCAGAAGGUGGACACGUUGCGCAGUGAACUCCGCAAAACGGACAAGCUACGCCGCGAGCAAGAUGCCCGCGUGCAGGACCUGGUUUCGGAGCUGAACCGCGAAAGGCAACAGCGCGAACGGUCCGAGGAGUGCUACCGGCAGUUGCAAGUCGAGGCACGCAGCCGCAGUUCGUCGGAACUGGGCUCCUCGAAUUCGCUGGGCAUUUCGUCGUCCGACUCGAUCCGCCUGGAAAUCGAUCGGCUGGAGGUGGAGUACAGCGAGAAGAUCAACCAACAGCAGACUCGCUACAACAUUGAGAUAUCGGCCCUGCGUGACCAGCUCAACGAGGCCGACAACCACCGGGAGAUGUUGCAGCGGGAACUGCAGCAGGCCCGCGAGAAGCUGGACUCGAGCCGCCUAGAGUCGCUGACGGACUCGGAGGAAACGAUCCUCGAGCUGCGCAAGCACCACGAGCGGGAGAAGAAGCUGCUGCUGGACGAUAACCGCAAACUGAUCACCGAUCUCGAGAUGAUCAGUGAAUCGAACCGACGUCUGACGGCCGAACGACUGCAAAUGGAAAGCGAAUAUGAAGACCUAAGGAAUAAACGCCAAGCAUUCAGUCAAUGGGAACGUCAGAUUUCGGAGAUCAUUCAGUGGGUGUCGGACGAAAAGGACGCCCGCGGUUAUCUGCAGGCGCUCGCCACCAAGAUGACCGAGGAGCUUGAGUACCUGAAGCACUCUGGGCCACUGAAUCACAGCGCGAGCGACAACAAGAACUGGCGCAACCGGCGCUCGCAGAAGCUCGACAAGAUGGAACUACUCAAUCUGCAGAGCUCGCUGCAGAACGAAAUCCAGGCCAAGGCAGCGAUUUCGGAGGAACUGACACGCACCAGGACGGACCUGUUGGCCGCACAGAAGGAUCUGUUAGAGACUCGUCAAAUUUGCGACAGCAUCGGCGGGGAACUGAAACGCAAAGAGAACGCCAUCAAAGAGUUGCAACAGCGGCUUGAAUCAAACGAAGGAUUCCUGGAGAGGCCCUCUUCGCAAAUGUCCUAUCUGGAUCACUUCCUGAAAGAAUCCGGCGGUGUUGGCAGCGGUGGUGGCGGCGCUGGCUCCAGCUCAACGACGCACACAAACUCAACGUUGGCCAUCAACAUGCCGUCGGGUAGCAGUGGCGCUGCGGGGCAGCAAUCGCACCGCAAAAGUAGUGGCGGUAGUCAGCAGCACGUAAACACGUCGACUAGCUCAUCCUCGAACAAUCUAACCACCAAUGCACCGUCGCACCUCAACCAACAGCAUAACCAAAGCCUCUCAUCUUUGCAUAAACAACAAUUACACCACCAACAGGUGCAGCCACCGUCGUCGACGCCUCAGCCGCCGGCGCAACAGCAGCUCCAGUCCCAUCACACCUACAGCAACCAGCAGCUGUUGCUUCAGCAGCAGCAGCAGCAGCAGCAACAACAACAACAGGAACACCAACUGCAGCAGCAGCAACAGCAACCCCCGAUGCAUCAUUCAAACUACUCGAUGGAAAGCGAGGACGGCGAUGUGGAGGACAACAACCGCGGGCAUUCCUUGUCCAGUUCAAAGAGCAAUUUGAGCGACCAUUCGCUGAGCAUGCACAGCGUGAUGAUGUCCCACCAGCAGGACCUGCAUCCGCAUCGGCCCCAGAAGCCGAAGGUGCACCAGUUCCUCGUGCGCACCUUCUCCAGUCCGACCAAGUGCAACCACUGCACCUCGCUGAUGGUUGGCCUGACGCGGCAGGGCGUGGUCUGUGAACUGUGUGGUUUCGCGUGCCACAUGAUCUGCUGCCCGAAAGUGCCCACCCAGUGCCCGGUUCCGUCGGAUCAAACGAAGCGUCCACUCGGAAUCGAUCCGACGCGUGGCAUCGGUACGGCCUACGAGGGUUACGUCAAGGUACCGAAGCUGGAUGCCGUCAAGCGCGGCUGGGUGCGCCAGUUUGUCGUGGUGUGUGAUUUCAAGCUGUUCUUGUACGACAUUUCCGCUGAUCGGAGCGCCUUGCCAAGUGUUCACGUUACUCAGGUACUGGAUAUGCGAGAUCCAGAAUUCACGGUUUCAGGCGUACGGGAGAGCGAUGUUAUUCAUGCAACAAAGAAAGAUGUCCCCUGUAUAUUUAGAAUAACGACAUCGCUGCUAGACGGUGGACCCUCGCUGCAAACACUGAUGCUGGCGGACACGGAAUCGGAGAAGGCCAAGUGGGUGGUCGCCCUGAGCGAGCUGCACCGCAUACUGAAGCGAAACAACCUUCCCAAUACGGCCAUAUUUCGGGUGCGUGAGGUGCUGGACAGCAAAGUGUCGGCGAUCCGUAGCGCGCUCAGUGCGCUAAUCAUCGACCCGGAACGGAUACUGCUCGGCACCGAAGAUGGUCUGUUCUGUCUCGAUCUGGAUCGCAGUCAAAUCGCACGGAUAGGCGAGAGCAAGAAGGUGUACCAGCUGUGGUACAUCGCCGAAGAGCAGCUGCUGGUCAUCCUGUGUGGGAAGCAGCGGCACCUUCGGCUGCUACCGAUCCGGGCGCUCGAAACGGCGGACGUCGAGUGGAUCAAGGUGGCCGAAUCGAAAAACUGCAUCACCGCCUGCACCGGCGUGAUCGAGCGCGGGCCACAGCCCGUCUUUUGCAUCGUGCUCGCUCUGAAGCGCCAGAACACAUCGCAGAUCGUCGUGUACGUGGUCAACCGGAACCGCAGCCGGCAUCACAAGAUGUGCGAGUUCACCGUUGCCUAUCCGGUUCAGAGCCUGCAGGUGCUUUCCGAUAUGCGGCUGGCCGUGGGGCACCAGAGUGGGUUCACUGCGUACUGCCUACAAGGCGCUGCGCAAGCUAUGCCCCUGGUGCAUCCUGAGAAUCAAUUAAACAACUUCCUCAACUUUUCCGGCGUUGAUGCGUGGCGGGUGAUCGAAAUUCAGUCCGGUCAUGGUAACAAUGUGCACGGUGAAUAUUUGCUCGUGUUUCAGACGCUCGCCAUCUAUGUCGAUCUUCAGGGGCGCAAAUCGCGCGAUCGCGAGAUCAUGUACCCGGCCGUUCCGAAGCAUAUCACGUACUGUGACGGUCACCUACUAGUCUACUCGGAAACUCAUUUGGACAUUUUCAACACGCAAACUGCCGAAUGGGUGCAAUCGAUCGGUUUGAAACGUUCCCGUCCGCUCAUGAACAAUGGCAGCCUUACGUUAACCUAUCUUAACGAUACCGUUCACGUCGUCUAUUUAGCAAACAUGCACACGAGAGAAUUGCUCAAUCUGUCCCCGUGUGAUCGUGAUGGGCGCCUAAAGACGAAACGCUUCUCACUAAGGGAACCGAACCGCACCAUCCGCACGAGCACCGAUCGCCGCUCGAAGCUUAUCUCAGCCCCAACCAAUUUCAAUCACAUUUCCCAUAUGGGCCCCGGAGAUGGCAUUCAAAAGCAGCGACUACUAGACCUACCGACCACGAUCGAGACCGCCGAUCAAAGUAUCCAACAGCAACGGAUUUCAACUAUGCGUCAUGCACCGCCGCCUCCUCGUGCACCUCCUCGUCCAUCGAUGAUCCAUCCACACAAUGAAGGUUCAAACAACUCUUUGCCCGGCGCUAAACGUACGGCACCGGCAAGGCCACGCGAUCAACCACCAUCGUUACCACGUUCACCUAGUCCACUGGGAAGCAUGUCUUCAUUACAUGACGUCUUAAAGGUUUCGGUCGCCGACAUGCAGUCUGAGUCGCGGCAAAGUGUUGCGAGCAAUAACUCCAGUUCCGUUUCGACUCCACCGUCGCCGACGAAUGAUCGAUUGAGUUCCAGUUACGAUUCAUAAUGUUUCCUGAAAUAUUUCUCCAAAUUGUUGAACAUUCGUUCAGUGUUCGAACGGAAUCGGCCAUCGUUCUGCCUGAGGCCUCCGCUGCCGGAGAGGCACGUGCGCCGCAGUUCGGAUGCUUUGUGAGCCCACCUUUUGUUUAUUUGUUUUAACACUACGCCAUAUACCGUUAGUUGAACGUUGGAGAAAGAGUGUCAAAAUCUGCAAUAAUAUAUGCGCACUUCAAGCUCUAAAGCCGGUAGUUUCACCGUGCACGUUCCGAGGAAUGUCCCUCUGAGUUAUCUACACGGUUUUGUGUCCGGGAGAGGGGUGCUUAGCGAUAAUUUAUGAUCUCUUUAAAGUGAACAAAAGCUUCUUAAUUCGUUUCAAGUUUGUUUUUUUAUUUGCUCUGUCCCGUCUCAAAUCAACCCGACCCGAGAUGUGGCCUGGGAACCCGGCGUUUCAAUUAUGAGAGGGCGGCGACGACACCGUAAUUAGUCCGAUCACUCAAACACAACAAUAAAUGUGAGCUGGGUCGCCAGAAGGCCAAUUGAUGUUAUGAGCAAUAUAUUUGGUCACCAUUUUUCAACCACAGCCCAGAGAUUGGGGCGCCCCCAUUGGGUUUCCCAGUUGUGUUUGCCCUUUGUGCGAGUGUAUGUGUGUAUGUGUGCAGGACGUAACUUGUAAACAGAUAGUAAUCUAGUAAUUACGACGGGGAAACAUCCUACAAACAAUAUUUCUACAACGAUCAAUUCCUUACAGUCCCUUUAACCUUACUCUCUAGGUACUAUGAAAAAAGAACAAAAAAAAACAAGUUAGUAACUACGAUCUACAAAAUAAAACAUACACACACACACACUUUCGCUUAUUCCACAUACUGUGUGCGUUUCUGCGUGCAUUUGUUGCGUUCAUAUUCCUACUCUAGAAAGCGCCCCAGAAGAGGCCAUUCCUGGCAAUGGUCGUCACAUGGUUGCAAUCGCUACUCAAACAACAGUAAAGUUACCAACCAUAAACUAUCUCUUUGUUGGGGAGAGAAGCGUUCUCCACAAGCGAUUCACAGUAUGAACAUAUUAUAGUUAAAUGCGCUUGAUAAUUGUAACACUCUAAAAGUCACAGCACAACGGUCCGAGGAGGAACGGGGUGCCUAAUAAUUCAUCCUAUGCUAAAAGAGAGAGGGCUACUUGAAGGGACAUCGUUAGACAGGCAAACCAAACCUUAUAUCAUAGCAUAUUUCGAGGAAAAAAUAGUUUACUCUAGUGUUACGCAAUGGCCGAUGAACGCAACGAAAGCAUAUAACAACGACCAGCUGGACGGUAUCUGGUGACGUGGCACAGAGUCGUAACACGCGCUAUCACAUCACUUGGAGAAUACUAGAAUCUUAUCCAUUAGGACAGAAGGAGGAGGAUCGAAGCAAAAACGAUCAACGAUCGCUGCCUUUUAGCACCGACACUUGAUGGGAUGAGGAAGAAGAGACCUUUUCUUGAAGGUCCACCGUACACACAUACACUCCGGAAAGAUGGCCGGUUUGCAGUUCGGCGGUGCAAAUGGUGCUUCCAACCUUUAGCAGCUAUCGCGCCGCAUACAGUAACGAACCCGGCGGCUGAUGUGUCAAUAUACAAAAAGGAGAUAAAAACUGGAAUCAAAUUAUACUUACUUCAGAACAAUUAUUAUCGUAGUGUAUUAAGAACGUAAAAACUUAACAAUGAAACCGAAGGCGCGAAGACGGGUUGCCGUUUGUCUGAGACACAGUUGCUGCCGCCGAUGACGCCGCCGCGACCGGUAGUUUGUAGUCUGUGUACGGGUUUUAUUUUUGCUGUUGCAAAAAGUAAAGUAAGGCGAGGGACAUUCGGUCCUGUAGAGCAGUGACUAGCGAGCGAGAAACGGACGGCACGUAGAAAGACGACGAGAGUGGCGUGAAAAUUAAGGACAAUAUUUAGUAUUCCCAACGCAGUUUGAUACUGUACUUGUUGUAUGUUGUAUAACAGAAAGGGCUUGAUGAACAAAACAAGGGACAACUAGAACGGAUCGAGUAAAAUCGGAAAUGGUCGAAAUUCGCCCGAAUCCCGGCGCGCAGAGAGGCGUCAGGACAGUAAUGACAGAGUGCUCGUAUCUUGGACGGACAGGCGCCUGAGCAAGCAGGACAGAAGCGCGGUGAGAACUGAAGCAAGUAGUUAUGUGCGUAAAAAUUCAGACCGUCAAUCAUAAAAUAGUACUCACGCAUCCUAACCAUUUACCAUUUAUCGCCCUCAUAUUGCUUAUGCUACACCCGAGCAGCUGUAUGUUGAGUUUGUAAAAAGAAAACACCCACACGAGGAUCACAGCGGCCAGUCGGCUGUUACGCGGACUUCUUUUAUCUUUAUACUGACCAUUUUCUAAGCACAUUCGCCUCCAUGAAGCUCGUAGUAUACGUAACGAACGAUUUUACUGGUAUUCUCACUGGACACGAAAGCUAGUUAAAUGAUGUUGUGUCUUGAAAUUCACAUCCGCCGCCAUCCCAUUAUCUCUUGUUUUUUUUGCGUUGUUCGUGAUCGAAAAUCUCCUAAUGUUUUAAUUUAUUGACAAAUGACGCGCGUUCGAUGGGUUGUAGUUUUUAUUUGUAAGCGCAGUGCAAACUAAUGGCAUAGAGUGAAAUAUAUACUAUCUCUCUGGA